AUGAAACGCUCUCACGAUCAAAUCCAUCCAUCCCCAAGCUCUUCUCACCCACAAGCCAAACAACCCAAAACUCCUCAACUCUCCUCUGCUCAACAACGUCUCUUACGUGAUUGGAAAGAAAUUCAAAGCUGUGCAAAAACUCUCGACACCAUUUGGGCUCAACCUCUCGAAAACGAUUUAUAUACUUGGCAUGGUACUUUAUUGGCACAUCCACAAUCAGAUUAUGCUGGAAUUAUCUUACGUUUGAAAAUGACCUUUCCAAUGGAUUAUCCUCAUAAUCCUUGUAACAUUGAGUUGUUGAACAUGUUGCAUCAUUCACAUGUCCAUAAUGGACAUAUUUGUUUGGACAUGUUGAAAACUCAUCAUUCGACGGAGAGAUAUUCAGGAUGGUCUUCGAGUUAUACGGUCUUGUCUAUUUUGUUGCAAUUACAAUCGUUUUUGUUUGAGGAAGAGAAGGAUCAGGUGUUUCAUAUUGAGCAAGAUGUGUGGGCGAGUCGAAAGUUUAAAAUGUUACCCGAUCAUGAUCCAGAAAAUGGAAAGAUUUGGCCAUGUGCUCCUCAUUGGGAUGUGAAUGCUAUAUUGCGUGGUAAAUGUGCAGUCCCCAAGAACAGUGUGACAGCCAUGACAGUUGACACUUUUGGAAAGAAUCGAGAAUUACCACUUGUUGCUACCAGCUCCUCUUCUUCCAACCAGAACGCUGGUCCUCUCGUAUUGGAUCUCCCUCAAGAACUAUUGAUCCACAUUUUCGAUUAUCUCACUACCAUCGAAUUGAAAACUUUGGAAAAAGUUUGUCAAGCAUUCCGCAAACUUGUCAAUUGUCGUCAACUCUCCACUGCUCGUGAAUUGGUUUGUUUCUAUUCCAAACUCUCCUUCCAUGAAGAUACUUUAGGAAUUGGUUUGAACAUUCGACCCAUUAAAAAUGGAAAAUAUGAUCUGAGUACUUCUCUCGAUAUCAUUGGAUGGAAAUCAUUCCAUCAAGACGGUGUCCGAACUGGUGUGUGGAAUAACGAAUUUAAUUUUUGGCUUCCUCUCUAUAUUAACAAGUAUCAUGCUAAUAUUCAAUUAUUUAAGGACAGUGUUUUAACGAUCCAAAAACAAUGUCCUGGAUUUUUAAAUGACAAGGCGGCACUUACAGGAGACAAUUUUCCAUUUUUGGCUAUGGACGUGUUGUGCAAAUUGAUGAAUGCCAUGAUUGUUGAAAUUAUGAAAGGAUAUUCCCAUGCUUCGAUUAAGGCACUUCAAGGAUAUUGUCAUUUUCAUCGUUGGAUGAUUUACUUGGCUCAGACCUAUCCUCAACAACUUGCCAUUUUAGAAAGUGUUGAAAAAUUCCUUAAUGAAAAAUCGGCAAGACUAAAAACGUCUUGUCCAGAUUUGGGAGUCUUUUUACCACGUCUUAGUGUACUUGGACCGAAUGGAAUUACUUGGAAUUCCAUCAAGAAGGUUGUCAUUGAUGAAGUCACUACUCGAAAUGCAUUUUGGGUGACUUUAAAAUUUCCAGAUUUGGCAAACGUGCAAGAUGGCAAUGACACUGCACGAGUAAGAUUGUCAUGGGAGAGUAACAAGGUGUCGUGUGGACUCAUCAUGUUCCAUGUCUUCUUUUUAAGAAGUUUAGUAGAAAAACAUGGACGAGAAUGUUCAUUGGAAAUGUUGGGUCGAAUGUAUGACGUGAAUUUUGGAUGUCCUGAAGGGAACUUUGAACACGUGUUGCAAAAGGAAAUUUUCAAGAUUUUGAAAAUUUCUCGAUUGAGUGAAUUUUUUGAAUAUAUUGGACUGGCAGAAUUGGAUUCCAAUUCGAAAAUUGCUGCAUAUUUGAGACAAUGUUUGAAAAAGGCGUAUGAUGUGGGAUAUAUUCAGCAAGUCCAGAAUCAGCAUCAGCAACAUCAUCAUCAUCAUUAUCGUGAACAUUAUCGUGAAGAUCGUUAUUCAUCUGGCUCUCGUGGACGUCAUAAUUACUAUUAA